CUUUUAUGUUUUGUGAAUUCAAUAUAGCGCUACAAAAUAUUGAACCUUUUCAAGUGUUGAUAUAUCAUUUAAAGAUAGAAGCAAUGCAACUAUUGAAAUGACGAUGGGUAUUGUUAGUGGGAUCGGAAUUCCAUAAGAUGUUAUGUUCAACCAGCAGAACCCGAUGACAUUUUGAUCAAAAGGGUACACAUCAAUAAUAUUUAAUCAAUUCGUACGUGCACCGUCUGGUACUCUAGUUGUAUUAAUUGGUUGGUUAAUGCAAAGUCUUCCACAACAAAUUCAAGAUCGGAUGGCAUCAUAAUGAAACUUCUUCAGGCAACAUAUGAACAUAAGGAAUAUAAGGAAGUUAAUUAAAACCGAUUCAAACAUUAGCCCGAAGGAUUAUUACCAAGCAAUAUAAAAAACAAAACAUGGCUGGCACUCAGAAACGAGCACUGACACUCGAUGGAAUUACAAUGCCUGGUGUGGAUUUGAGUCCUCAAAUGGACAGCGGGACGACUGUUCCUGUUGCUGGGACCCCGGCGGACCUUAAACCAGUAGUACAUUUGAACCGAAGUGGACGAGCACUCCAUUCUAAAUUCCUUAGUAAUAAAUCAGAUUCUGCUAAAGAGAUUGAAGCCUGGAUAUUGGGUGAAUAUGGGGGAAAGAGAAAUGAUAUGGCGAGAGUUUCAGGUCAACUAACCGAUAACGUUACUGAGGAGAGAAUGUUAUCAUCGAAAUUAAUGGAAUUAUCAAAGGAACGGUAUAAGUUCAUAUCUCAAUCGGAAUAUGAGAAGAAAGUGUUUGUCGACAGGCAGCAAAGGAAAACGUCAGUGAUGAAAGAUCUCCUGAGGGGCAUUGAUGUGAAUACUCUAUUCGUAAAAAGAAAGAGUUCAAGUAACCAACAUGAACUGAUGACAAAUGACAAGCAAACUUUACAACGCCGUGCGACAAUAGUCGGGGAUCGCGACAGGCCUCCGACCAAAAGGCAAACCUCUAUGCCAGAGAUUGCUGUGUCUCGCCCGAGACCGUCUACAAGCGCAAUGCCAAAACUUGCCCAAAGUCAAAGCCCACCACGUCCAAACACAAAUGUUGCCAACUUUAACAUACCUACUCCUAAACAAUCUGAAAAGUUACCUUCUGUUGGACAUAUGCCACCUGCAAAAGAAACUGAAAAUAAAGAGGCCGAUAAAUUGAAACCUAAAACAAGAGCUACAUUUCCCCCGAAUAACAAUAAUGGUUUGCGAGAAAACAACUCAGUCAAAUCAAUUGCAAUUGUUGCGGACAUUUCUUCGCAGAGUCGGAGACGACACUCCCCAAAAGUAGGUCAGAAAGGACCAGUGUUUGAUAAUAGAUACAUGAAACUACAACAAGCUCUGACCAAUACAUAUCUUAUGGAUUGUGAGUGCAUUGAGGACAUGGACAUUACAAAAGUGAGAACGGUUAUCAAAAGCAUGGAUGCCCUGCAUGUGACUCCUCGUAGAAUUAAAGAGAUGAAGCCAAAAAUGAGCGAUAAAGUGGAGGAAUUUAUGAAAGAAAGGGGGCUGGCUUUUUGAUAUCACAAAGGCUAGUCCCGAAAUAUGUUUCAAUAUAUUAUUUCAUCUAGAACACGCUGAAAAAUCCCAUCCAGAGGUUUAUAACUAAUAUUUGUUUGAAACAGGACAAUGCCCUUUACAGUUAUAACCAAUGGCCGCUAUAUUUGAAAAAGACCUAUACAGAGUUUUUAUAACUAGUAGCCUUUAUAUUUCAAACAAGACCCUUUCCAAAGUUUUAAUUUGAUACACAAUGUAUUGGCCCAAACUACCAUCCUGAAAAGUAAUGUUGAUGGGGUGAUCGCUCCUUUCGACUAUCAUAUUUGUAAGAAUUUUUUCGAAAAUGUGGUCGUCCUUUUUAUUAUUGAUAUUUUUCAGGUUUCACUCGAUAUUGUAGUGUCAGAAAUACGUUGAUUGGGUACAUAAACUAAAUAAAUGUGCAAUAUGUGAGAACUGAAGAAGAUGGCUUGCUAUCAUACAGUACAUGCCCCCUAUAAGACAACGGAGGUUUACAUCUGAUAGCAAACAAAAGACUUUCAAUGUUCCAACCUUUAUAGAAUAGUUCAGAAAAUGGCAAAGGACUAGUCUAGGUUUUAAGUUCGUCAGUCUACUGCACGUUACGCCUGCUUUGGAAACUUUUGAUACUUUUGAAUAU